AUGGUCUUGCUCCUUUUCCUCUCUUGCCUGAUUUUCUCCUGCCUGACGUUUUCCUGGUUAAAAAUCUGGAGAAAAAUGACAGACUCCAGCCCGGUGACCAACAGUAAGUUGGAAGCGAGUCUCAUCCUGAAUCAGGAGCCCAUUCCAGCCUCAGACAACUCAGAGGAGCAGCUGCAAACAAAUGAUAGUGACAGCUCCCAGCCAAAGACUCCUAAACAGGCCAAGCCGGCCUCCCAUAAAAGCCCCAGCGAUGCCUGUCAGCAGGAAGACUCUCAGACCCCACAUUCUUCCCAUGACACCUGGCCCACCCCAGAACUGCAAGUCAAUGGGACAGGGACCCAAGGCCCAGAGCCCCCAGAUACCUACGGCCUGUCCUCCCCAGCCAAGCCCCAGGGCCAGCGAGCCAGAUCCCCAACCAAAGAGGACAAGAAGCAGGCCCACAUUAAGAGGCAGCUCAUGACCAACUUCAUCCUGGGCUCCUUUGAUGACAACUCUUCCGAUGAAGACUCUGGCGCUGGCAUUUUACGAGAGUCUUCUCGAAAGGGCAGUCGGGCCAGCCUGGGCACCCUGUCCCCAGAGGCUGCUAUGAUUGCAAGCGAAGCUGACACCCUUCUGCCAGCUAUGAGGCCGAGCAUGUCAGGACUCCACCUCGUGAGGCGGGGCCGUGAGCACAAGAAGCUGGACCUGCACCGAGACUUCACCGUGGCCUCCCCGGCCGAGUUCGUCACGCGAUUUGGUGGGGAUCGGGUCAUCGAGAAGGUGCUCAUUGCCAACAACGGCAUCGCUGCGGUGAAGUGCAUGCGUUCCAUCCGCAGGUGGGCCUAUGAGAUGUUCCGCAAUGAGAGAGCCAUACGCUUCGUGGUCAUGGUGACCCCGGAGGACCUCAAGGCCAACGCAGAGUACAUCAAGAUGGCAGACCAGUACGUCCCUGUACCAGGAGGACCGAAUAACAAUAACUAUGCCAACGUGGAACUGAUUGUGGACAUUGCCAAGAGGAUCCCUGUGCAGGCCGUGUGGGCUGGCUGGGGCCAUGCUUCCGAAAACCCCAAACUUCCGGAGCUGCUGUGCAAGCAUGGGAUUGCUUUCUUAGGUCCCCCCAGUGAAGCCAUGUGGGCCUUAGGAGAUAAGAUUGCUUCCACCAUCGUGGCUCAGACCCUGCAGAUCCCAACCCUGCCCUGGAGUGGAAGCGGCCUGACGGUGGAGUGGGCAGAGGAGAACCUGCAGCAGGGGACACCCAUCCACGUCCCCGAAGAUGUCUACAGCCUGGGCUGUGUGAAGGACGUAGACGAGGGCUUGGAGGCAGCAGAAAAGAUUGGUUUUCCAUUGAUGAUCAAGGCUUCCGAAGGUGGUGGAGGGAAAGGAAUUCGUAAGGCUGAGAGCGCCGAGGAUUUUCCCAUGCUGUUCAGACAAGUGCAGAGUGAGAUCCCGGGCUCUCCCAUCUUUCUCAUGAAGCUGGCCCAGCACGCGAGGCACCUGGAGGUCCAGGUGCUAGCUGACCAGUAUGGGAACGCAGUGUCGCUGUUUGGGCGGGACUGCUCCAUCCAGAGGCGCCACCAGAAGAUCAUCGAGGAGGCGCCGGCUACCAUCGCCACCGCAGCUGUGUUUGAGUUCAUGGAGCAGUGUGCGGUGCUCUUGGCCAAGACCGUGGGCUACGUGAGUGCCGGAACCGUGGAAUACCUGUACAGCCAGGACGGCAGCUUCCACUUCCUGGAGCUGAACCCUCGCUUGCAGGUCGAACAUCCCUGUACAGAGAUGAUUGCCGACGUCAACCUGCCGGCUGCACAGCUGCAGGUUGCCAUGGGUGUGCCCCUGUACAGGCUGAAGGACAUCCGGCUUCUCUAUGGAGAGUCUCCAUGGGGGGUGACGCCCAUUUCCUUUGAGACCCCCACCAACCCUCCAAUCGCCAGGGGCCAUGUCAUUGCAGCCAGGAUCACCAGCGAAAACCCGGACGAGGGGUUUAAGCCGAGCUCGGGGACAGUCCAGGAACUGAACUUCCGCAGCAGCAAGAAUGUAUGGGGCUACUUCAGCGUGGCAGCCGCCGGAGGCCUACAUGAGUUUGCUGACUCCCAAUUUGGGCACUGCUUCUCCUGGGGCGAGAACCGUGAAGAGGCCAUUUCGAACAUGGUGGUGGCUUUGAAGGAGCUGUCCAUCCGGGGUGACUUCAGGACCACGGUGGAAUAUCUCAUCAACCUGCUGGAGACUGAGAGCUUCCAGAACAACGACAUUGACACCGGGUGGCUGGAUCACCUCAUCGCUGAGAAAGUGCAGGCAGAGAAGCCAGACAUCAUGCUCGGGGUGGUAUGUGGGGCCUUGAACGUGGCCGAUGCGAAGUUCAGAGACUGUAUGACGGAUUUCCUGCACUCCCUGGAAAGGGGCCAGGUCCUCCCUGCAGAUUCGCUGUUGAACAUUGUGGACGUAGAGUUAAUUUACGGAGGUGUCAAGUACAUUCUCAAGGUGGCCCGGCAGUCCCUGACCACGUUCGUUCUCAUCAUGAAUGGCUGCCACAUCGAGAUCGACGCCCACCGGCUGAACGACGGGGGUCUUCUGCUCUCCUACAACGGCAACAGCUACACUACCUACCUGAAGGAAGAGGUGGACAGUUACCGGAUCACCAUAGGCAACAAGACAUGUGUGUUUGAGAAGGAGAACGACCCCACCAUCCUGAGGUCCCCGUCGGCUGGGAAGCUGACUCAGUACACGGUGGAGGAUGGGGGCCAUGUGGAAGCGGGGAGCAGCUACGCUGAGAUGGAGGUGAUGAAGAUGAUCAUGACCCUGAACGUGCAGGAGAGUGGCCACGUGAAAUACAUCAAGCGGCCAGGAGCCGUGCUGGAAGCUGGCUGUGUGGUGGGCAGGUUGGAGCUCGAUGACCCAUCUAAAGUGCACCCGGCAGAGCCGUUCACAGGAGAGCUCCCUACCCAGCAGACGCUCCCCAUCCUCGGCGAGAAGCUACACCAGGUGUCUCACAAUGUCCUGGAAAACCUGAGCAAUAUCAUGAGUGGCUACUGCCUGCCAGAGCCGAUUUUUAGUGUCAAGCUGAAGGAGUGGGUGCAGAAACUCAUGAUGACUCUCCGGCACCCAUCGCUGCCGUUGCUGGAGCUGCAGGAGAUCAUGACCAGCGUGGCAGGCCGCAUCCCCACCCCCGUGGAAAAGGCGGUCCGCAGGGUCAUGGCCCAGUACGCCAGCAACAUCACCUCGGUGCUGUGCCAGUUCCCCAGCCAGCAGAUAGCCACCAUCUUGGACUGUCACGCGGCCACCCUGCAGCGCAAGGCUGACCGAGAGGCCUUUUUCAUGAACACACAGAGCAUCGUGCAGUUGGUCCAGAGGUACCGCAGUGGGACCCGGGGCUACAUGAAGACGGUGGUACUGGACCUCCUGCGGAGAUACUUGAAUGUCGAGCACUAUUUCCAACAAGCGCACUAUGACAAGUGUGUGAUCAGCCUCCGGGAGCAGUUCAAGCCAGACAUGACCCAGGUGCUGAACUGCAUCUUUUCACAUGCCCAGGUGGCCAAGAAGAACCAGCUGGUGAUCAUGCUGAUCGAUGAGCUGUGUGGUCCAGACCCCACGCUGUCGGAUGAGCUGACCUCCAUCCUCAACGAGCUCACUCAGCUGAGCAAGAGCGAGCACUGCAAAGUGGCCCUGCGAGCUAGACAGGUCCUCAUCGCCUCCCACCUGCCCUCGUACGAGCUGAGGCACAACCAGGUGGAGUCCAUCUUCCUGUCGGCCAUCGACAUGUACGGCCACCAGUUCUGCCCAGAAAACCUCAAGAAACUAAUCCUUUCGGAGACAACCAUCUUUGACGUGCUGCCCACAUUCUUCUACCACACUAACAAAGUUGUCUGCAUGGCAUCACUAGAGGUUUACGUCCGGAGAGGGUACAUCGCCUAUGAGUUGAACAGCUUGCAGCACCGUGAGCUCCCAGACGGCACCUGUGUGGUAGAGUUCCAGUUCAUGCUGCCUUCUUCCCACCCGAACCGGAUGGUCAUGCCCAUCAGCGUCACCAACCCAGAUCUCCUGAGGCACAGCACCGAGCUCUUCAUGGACAGCGGCUUCUCCCCGCUCUCACAGCGCAUGGGAGCCAUGGUCGCCUUCAAGAGGUUCGAGGAUUUCAUCAGGAACUUUGACGAGGUCAUUUCCUGCUUUGCCAACCUCCCCGCAGACAUGCCCCUGUUCAGCAAGGCCCGCACCUCCCUGUACUCAGAGGAGGACAGCAAGAACCUUCGGGAAGAGCCCAUCCAUAUCCUGAAUGUGGCCAUCCAGUGUGCUGACCACCUGGAGGAUGAAGCCCUGGUGCCGAUUUUUCGGACUUUUGUACAGUCCAAGAAACAUAUCCUGGUGGACUAUGGUCUCCGAAGAAUCACAUUCCUGAUUGCCCAAGAGAAAGAAUUUCCCAAGUUUUUCACCUUCAGAGCCAGAGAUGAGUUUGCAGAAGACCGGAUAUACCGUCACUUGGAGCCAGCCCUGGCCUUCCAGCUGGAGCUCAGCCGCAUGCGCAACUUCGAUCUGACCGCUGUGCCCUGUGCCAACCACAAGAUGCAUCUUUACCUGGGCGCUGCCAAGGUGAAGGAAGGAACAGAAGUGACAGACCACAGGUUCUUCGUCCGGGCCAUUGUCAGGCACUCAGAUCUGAUCACCAAGGAGGCCUCCUUCGAGUACCUGCAGAACGAGGGCGAGCGGCUGCUCCUGGAGGCCAUGGACGAGCUGGAGGUGGCCUUCAACAACACCAGCGUGCGCACCGACUGCAACCACAUCUUCCUCAACUUCGUGCCCACCGUCAUCAUGGACCCCUUCAAGAUCGAGGAGUCCGUGCGCUCCAUGGUGAUGCGCUAUGGCAGCCGGCUGUGGAAGCUGCGCGUGCUGCAGGCCGAGGUGAAGAUCAACAUCCACCAGACCGCCGCCGGCAGCGCCGUGCCCGUCCGCCUGUUCAUCACCAACGAGUCGGGCUACUACCUGGACAUCAGCCUCUACAAGGAAGUGACCGACCCCAGAUCUGGAAGCAUCAUGUUUCACUCCUUUGGCAACAAGCAAGGGAGCCAGCAUGGGAUGCUCAUCAACACCCCCUACGUGACCAAAGACCUGCUUCAGGCCAAGAGAUUCCAGGCACAGUCCCUGGGGACCACCUAUAUCUACGACUUCCCAGAAAUGUUCAGACAGGCUCUCUUUAAACUCUGGAGCUCCCCAGACAAAUACCCCAAAGAUAUCCUGACAUACACGGAGUUAGUGUUGGGCCCUCAGGGCCAGCUGGUAGAGAUGAACCGACUUCCUGGAGGAAAUGAGGUGGGCAUGGUGGCCUUCAAAAUGCGGAUGAAGACCCCGGAGUACCCAGAAGGGCGGGAUGUGGUUGUCAUCGGCAACGACAUCACCUUCCGCAUCGGGUCCUUCGGCACCGGGGAAGACCUUCUGUACCUGCGGGCCUCUGAGCUGGCCCGGGCGGAGGGCAUCCCCAAAAUCUACCUAGCAGCCAACAGCGGGGCCCGCAUUGGCCUGGCAGAGGAGAUCAAACACAUGUUCCAGGUGGCCUGGGUGGAUCCAGAAGACCCCCACAAAGGCUUUAAGUACCUGUACCUGACCCCCCAAGACUACACGCGAACGAGCUCUCUGAACACCGUGCACUGCAGACACGUCGAGGAAGGAGGAGAAUCCAGGUACGUAGUCACCGACAUUAUUGGGAAGGACGACGGCCUGGGUGUGGAGAAUCUCAGGGGCUCUGGCAUGAUAGCUGGGGAGUCCUCCCUGGCUUACGACGAGAUCGUCACCAUUAGCAUGGUCACCUGCCGAGCCCUGGGCAUUGGGGCCUAUUUGGUACGCCUGGGCCAGAGGGUGAUUCAGGUGGACAAUUCCCACAUCAUCCUGACGGGCGCGAGUGCCCUCAACAAGGUCCUGGGAAGAGAGGUCUACACGUCUAACAACCAGCUGGGUGGCGUGCAGAUCAUGUACCACAACGGCAUCUCCCACAUCACGGUGCCCGAUGACUUUGAGGGCGUCUAUACCAUCCUGGAGUGGCUGUCCUAUAUGCCAAAGGAUAAUCGCAGCCCAGUCCCCAUCAUCACACCCACGGACCCCAUCGACAGAGAUGUGGAGUUUGUCCCAUCCAGAGCUCCCUACGAUCCCCGGUGGAUGCUUGCGGGAAGACCUCACCCAACGCUGAGCGGGGCUUGGCAGAGUGGAUUCUUCGAUCAGGGCAGCUUCAGGGAGAUCAUGGCGGCCUGGGCCCAGACGGUGGUGACGGGCCGAGCGAGGCUGGGGGGCAUCCCCGUGGGCGUCAUCGCCGUGGAGACGCGGACGGUGGAGGUGGCCGUCCCUGCCGACCCCGCCAACCUGGAUUCCGAGGCCAAGAUCAUCCAGCAGGCCGGCCAGGUGUGGUUCCCGGACUCCGCGUACAAAACAGCGCAGGCCAUCAAAGACUUCAACCGGGAGAAGCUGCCCCUGCUGAUCUUCGCCAACUGGAGGGGCUUCUCCGGAGGGAUGAAAGACAUGUACGACCAGGUGGUGAAGUUCGGGGCCUACAUCGUGGACGGCCUCCGGCAGUACACACAGCCCAUCCUCAUCUACGUGCCCCCCUACGCCGAGCUCCGCGGGGGCUCCUGGGUGGUCCUCGACUCCACCAUCAACCCCCUGUGCAUCGAAAUGUAUGCGGACAGGGAGAGCAGAGCGGGGGUUCUGGAGCCGGAAGGCACGGUGGAGAUUAAGUUCCGAAGGAAGGACCUGGUAAAGACCAUGAGAAGGAUCGACCCGACCUACAAGAAGCUUGUGGAACAGCUGGGGAUGUCUCAGCUGUCCGAUGAGGACCGGAAGGACCUGGAAGCCCGGCUGAAGGCGCGGGAGGAGCUGCUUCUCCCCAUCUACCACCAGGUGGCGGUGCAGUUCGCCGACCUGCACGACACGCCGGGCAGGAUGCUGGAGAAGGGCGUCAUCUCGGACGUGCUGGAGUGGAAGACCUCGCGGGCCUUCCUGUACUGGCGGCUGCGCCGGCGGCUGCUGGAGGACCAGGUGAAGCGGGAGGUCCUGCAAGCCAGCAGCGAGCUCAGUCACGACCACGUGCAGUCCAUGCUGCGCCGCUGGUUCGUGGAGACCGAGGGCGCCGUCAAGGCCUACCUGUGGGACAACAACCAGGUGGUGGUGCAGUGGCUGGAGCAGCACUGGCUGGAGGGCGAGGGCCUGCGCUCCACCAUCCGCGAGAAUAUCAAGUACCUCAAGCGGGACUCGGUGCUGAAGACCAUCCAGGGUCUGGUUCAGAAAACUCCCGAGGUAGCGGCGGACUGCACCAUCCACCUGAGCCAGCAGCUCAGCCCUGCCGAACGUGCGCAGGUGGUGAAGCUGCUGACCAGCGCCGAGCGGCCCGCAUCCACCUGAGCCAGCGGCCCGCCAGCUCCAGGACCCCGGUGACAAGCCACGCCACGCCCGCGUGCUGACCCCCCGCGGGCCCCCUGCCAGGACCUGAGGGUUUUGUUUGCUCUUAAAAAAAAAUCAAAAGGAAAAGCAAGCAGCAAUGCUGACCCUUGUGCUGGCACAACUGCUGGGUCCCGCCCACUGCCGCCAGCCAGAGGCCCCCUUCCUGCAGG